AUGGAGACAGGUGAUGCCCCCGAUGGCACCACACCAGAUGAACCAGACAUGGAGGGUGGCGACGCAGGUGAUGGCUCGGACAGCGCUGCAGUUAUGGCAGAGGGCGGCGGAUGUGGCGGAACAGGCGAUAGCUGCACGCCGUGUGAGAGUCACCAGAGGGGCGAGACAGGCGAUGUUCCCGACUGCGCCGUGCAUCCGCAUGAGCCAGUGUUGGCCGAGGUCGAGAAAGCAGGUGAGUGCGAUGGCGCUGAUGCCCCUGCGCAUGUGACGGCAGCUGUGUCGGAGUGCGGCUACCAAGGUGUCUUGGACACGUCAAAGACGUCGGAGGCGGACAAGAAGGCCGACGAGCCAGCGCCGCGCUCGGACCUCCCAGCUCUGUCAAAGAGCGCACUGGGGGCAGCGCAGACGCCGCCCCCACCUCCGCCCAUUCGAGAGCGCGCGCUGCGCUUCGUUUUCACCCGCCUAGGCCUGGCGCCCUAG